AAAACGCUGGUCCGCAAUACAACUCAUCCCGACCUCCAACGACCGAUUACCCCAUCAAUUGAUCCGAGCAUCGCGAUCAAUUGGGCCACCGUUGGCAGAGGCUCAAUCCGAAUACCUCCGUCCGUCACGAUGCUGUCACGAACGGCCAGACCAGCUCUCCGAGCUGCCACUGCAGCGCAGUCUCGAGCUGCCGUUGCCCGGCCCGGAACCGCUGCCACCUAUGCGACCCUCCGUGAGAUCGAGGACCGUCUCAAGUCCAUCCGCAACAUCGAGAAGAUCACCAAGACCAUGAAGAUUGUCGCCUCCACCAAGCUCACCCGUGCUACGCGUGCCAUGAACAACUCUCGCAAGUACGGAGAGACCUCCAACAAGGUCUACGAGUCUGCCGAGACCAAGGCCGUCGAGUCCGAGGAGCCGAAGACCCUCUACAUCGUCUGCUCCUCCGACAAGGGCCUCUGCGGUGGUAUUCACUCCGGUCUCAGCCGUCGCAUUCGCGCCAAGGCCCUUACUGAGCCUGCCUUCGAUCUUGUCCUCAUUGGCGAGAAGGCCAAGGCUCAGCUGUCCCGAACCAACCCCAAGGCUAUCCAGCUCAGCUUUGCUGGCAUUGGCAAGGACGUCCCUACCUUCGCCGAUGCUCAGGCCAUUGCCGACCAGAUCAUCCAGCUCCCCACCGAGUACACCGACAUCAAGAUCCUGUACAACUCUUUCGUCAACGCCCAGACCUACGAGCCCGCGAUCAUUGAGGCAUUUUCCGAGGAGGCUAUUGUCCAGUCUCCCAACUUCUCGGCUUUCGAGGUUGAUGACGAGGUCCUCGCGAACAUGCGCGAGUACGGCCUUGCCAACUCCCUGUACUGGGCUCUGGCUGAGGGCCACGCCUGCGAGCAGUCUGCCCGCCGAAAUGCCAUGGAUAACGCCUCCAAGAACGCUGGUGACAUGAUCAGCCGCUACCAGAUUCUCUUCAACCGUACCCGACAGGCCGUCAUUACCGGAGAGCUGGUCGAGAUUAUCACUGGUGCUACUGCCUCUGAGGACAUGUAAACAGUGGAGAUGCAAGUCGGGGCCUGACGCUUCCCUUUGUAUCAACACCAUCGGUCACCAACCCGUGGUUCCCCAAGUGUAUCAAAGCCUUCCAAUAAAUUCCUUAGUAGCCCACAACCCCACGAGUGGCAGCAAUAAAAAAUGUCACAGACCGUC